CAAUUUACAUUAUAUUCUUGUUGCCGCUAUGGGUUCACUGUUGCUCCUUUACUGUAUUUUGCACAUUGCUUUUCUUCAUGUUUUCAUUCUUCUGCUUAACUGUUCUUAAAUGUCUUUAACGAUUGUUAUAUUAACCCUUAAACUGUUAAUAAUCGGAAAUCAUUGCACCAGUAACACAUGUGGUUUCAUCCAAAGACAGGAUGGCAGCAGACUGUAAAAUAUCAACACUGCAGAACCAAAUUUAGGCAAUCGGCUUUCUCCAUCAAAGGAAGUCACAUCUGGAAUUUAAUGCCUAAUGAAAUAAAACUGAUAAAAGAUUUUAAAACUUUUACUGUAAAGGUCAAAAACUGUUCCCAAUUUUGAUAGGUAGUCUCAAUAAGGUCAAACUGUUAUGAAGUGUAUGAGUGUGUGUGUGUGUACAUUGUAUUAUGUAGAUGAGAAAGAGGUCUUAUGUACUGGUUGCAAACUAGCAAAUUGCUAUAUAUACUCUUUGGGUAGAUAUCAGAUGCACUUUAUUUCCACUAUAUCUCACUGCAUUGUCCCUGAUAAAUAAAUAUUAAUUGAAUUGAAUAAACAUUUAAUUAAUUAUAAUUAUUCAACGGUCGUCCUAAAACUCUAUCACAUUCUCUCAAACUAAAACUCCCCCAGGAUGCGAAACAACAGUAAUUGCUCGUGUGGGUGAACUCUCUUGACUCAGUUGAGAAGCUUUGUUUGACCACGUGACGUAUGAGGAUCUAGGAAGUGUGACGGCAUAGCAAAUCACUACAAUGAGACAGCCGGUGAACGAAACUGUAAAUAACGUCACAAUAGAGGUCUAGAGAAAUAUACUUAUACUUUUUUUUUGUUUUUAAAUCUCUGUCAAUAUACCAGUUGCCUUUAAAGAGCUUCGUGGAUCUUUGGAGUUGCUCUUCAGAGUGAAGUACAGACGUUGAAACAAACACAGCUAGCUAGCAUUAACUGAAGUGGUGAAGCUGGUUAUCAACCGCAGGCGUGACGCGUCUCCCCCCCCAGAGGAAAAGACACCACACCGCUGUCGGUGCUUCAGGGUUGCUGAGCGAAUUUUCCGGUAAAUUUGCUAAAAUCUACUCGUGGUGUCACCGUUUAUUUUGAACGCCAUUGUUUGUUUUCACAUCCGGCGGCUCGCCCUCUCCGAUCUCCUUAUAAUGUCGUGGCAGUAGCUGUUUUGACUGCGUAAACCACGGCAAACACGGAUGUUAGUCCCUUCGCCACCUGUAAAUCAUCACGGAACCAGCCGAGGCGAACAGACGCCUCGCCGUGUCAACAGAGCCGCUCACAGCCAGCUGACAUCACUUCACGGCUCCUCGUCCACGCUGGUGAGCAGCAGUCGAACAUGGAAGAUGAGCUCUUCGACCAGAUUGUGUCCGUGUUCCAAACGUUGGUGUCAUGGAUCGCCGCCGGAGCGAUGGUGUUCGGCGGUGUGGUGCCCUACAUCCCGCAGUACAGAGACAUCCGCCGGACACAGAACGCAGAGGGCUUCUCCUCCUACGUGUGCCUGGUCCUCCUGGUAGCGAACAUCCUCCGGAUCCUGUUCAGAUUUGGCCGCUACUUCGAGACUCUGCUGCUGUGGCAGAGCUUCAUCAUGAUCGCCACCAUGCUCAUCAUGCUCAACCUGUGCACCAACGUCCGCACGGCCACUGAACUCAACACCAAGAGACGCUCAUUCAUAGCAACAGACAGUAAGGACGAGGAGGUCAGAAUCCCUAAGCGGCUCUUUCUGGACUUUGACUGGAACUACUUCUGGCUGUGGACUCGUUUCCUGGACUACGUACAGUGUGUGCUGGCCUUCACGCUGGUGGCGGCUUACAUCACCUACGUCCUGCUGGACUCGGCGCUGUUCGUGGAGUCUCUGGGCUUCCUGGCCGUUUUCACCGAGGCGAUGCUGGGCACGCCGCAGCUCUACUGCAACUAUCAGAACAAGUCCACUGAGGGCAUGAGUAUCAAGAUGGUGCUGAUGUGGACCAGCGGCGACACCUUUAAAACCGGGUACUUCCUCAUCACCCAGGCGCCCGUGCAGUUCUGGACGUGCGGCCUGCUGCAGGUCGUCGUGGACGUCACCAUUCUCUUCCAGGUUUACUACUACAGCCAGUACCCACAGAAACCUGUCUCCCACACCGUGUCCCUCACCACCAGUGCCAAAGCCCUCUGAGAGGAGUACUUUAGAACAAAAGAGUACAACUGGAGUGCGUGACAGAGGAACUCCUGAGUUUUGAGAUCAAAGUGUGAGCUGUCGCAGAAGCAGAAAACAUACGAACGAGUUUGCUGCUGAAGUCUGAACCUUCAGUUUUAUUGUGUCCCUGUUUGAGGAGGAAUCGACAGGAGCCUCUAAUUCAGUCUAAACAUGUAUUGAAUAAAAACAGGAUCAUGAUGAAGUCACUUUUAAUAAGUUAACACCUCAUAUUUAUUGUGUUGACUUUAUGAGACACUGGCACAGUCGACAAGAGUCGUCUCACAGCAGGAGAGCAUUUAUGUGAAGAGUUUGCAGCUAACUAGAGACUCGAAAUGUGUCCAUCUCCGUAUGUUGGACCUAGUUACCUGUCUAGAGCUGCCUCUUGUCUAGUGUCAGACGUCCAGGUCAGGAUUACCCUUACAGUCCCUCAGUUACUGUGUACCUCUUAGUUUAAGUUAACUGUAAAAAGUUAUUGUCUGAUGUAACUGCCACAAAUUCACACUUUUUUGCCAAGUACGACAUGAGUUGUAGCUGCCAAAUAUAAUCCAGUUUCUCAUAAUCAGUAUUACAGUAGCGGAUGUGAAAGGUAGAGUAUUCCAUCAUUUCCCUGCAGCAGAAUAAUACUCGUGGAGUGACGCGUGACAGUGGGCAGCUCAGCGAGAGCUGGCGUUCAUAUUUGGCUCUUUCAUUACACCUGCUUCACUUUACAGGUCAUUUAAUGGUCAUUUUCCCAUCAGGACACUUCCUACACUGCAAAGAAACCCUAAAAAAAGAGGAAAGAUUCGAAAUAAUUGCUGGACAAACAGGGCAACAAAACACGUGUCGUUGUCAGCACAGCGAGUUUGCAUCAGGUCGUCUCUUGCGCAUGAAUCAAGUGAAAUGAAAUUUAAAAUAUGCUAAAGGCAGCAGCAAAAUAAGCCCCGUAUAGAAUUGAAUAUGCUCGUACUGUAUCACGGCCACCAUCAUAUUGCCAAUGCAUAGUACCAUGGAGUGUCCACUUUAUUUAUUUUUAUACAGCAAAUUCAAUAACUUCGAGCCCUCAUGUCCAUCAUCUUGACACCAUCUUGUUGUAAGAAAUGAAUUUCCUGAGCAGAGGAGAAACAGCCGCGGUGAUGGGCGUAAACGUCCUUGUUCUUCCACUUCAGUCUUGUUUUUUAUGAAUAUGAACGAUAAUGACUUGGUGUCCCUUUUUUUGUGUUUACACCUAUUUAUUUUUCUUUAUAAAUCUUUUCUAAUCUUUAUAUCAUCGGUAUAAAGCACAGCGUUCCUGUUCUUUAUUCAGACUUACAAGUGAAGGUGACGAUGUUUUCCUUAUGCUCAGCAGGAUCAAAACGUUCUCACUCUUCAGUUUAUUUUUUUAUACUGAAAUUAAUUUGAUUUUGUUAAAUUUUGUGUUUGUAUUGUUCCAUAGUAACCGCCCGUUUUUGUAAGAAUGUGAAGUGUGGUUCUUAUAUUCAGUUUUCACCAUGUUACAUUGGUUGUUUUGUAUUUAAUUUCUCGAUUAAAAUGCCAGCAGCCCACCACAGUGAGCGACAUUAUCCUUCAA